AUGAUAGUGAAUAUUAUUAGUUACAGGACCCGACAUGUUUUACACUUUAUUUUCUAUGCAAAUAGAUGCUUCUCUAUAAACAAACAAUUUUCUUUGUACGGACAGGCCAUUUAUACAACUCAUCCGCAUCUUAUCAAGCCAACUGAAUUAACACCUGGUAUUACUGCAGCUGAAUAUGCCACUCGCCGCUCUCAACUUGCUUCUACUUUACCUGCUCAUAGUCUUGUUGUAUUGAUAGGUGCACAAAUAAUGUAUAAAACUACAUCCACUUUCUAUGUUUUUCACCAAUAUCCUAAUUUUUUCUAUUUAACAGGCGUAAAUGAGCCUUAUUCUAUAUUCGCAAUGGAAAGAGAUCAUAGUUUUAAUGGAUUUAAAUCAUAUCUUUUUUUACGUAAUAAAAAUCCAGAAGAAGAGCGUUGGGAGGGCCCACGUACUGGUAUUGAAGUAGCGAAGGAUAUUUUCUUCAUUGAUGAAGUAUAUGAUCUUCAAGAAGCAGAGAAUAUUUUAAGCAAAUCUAUUCACCGCACAACACAGAUUUACGCAGAAAUUCCAUUUAACAUAAAUAUUUCGUCAAUUAAGCCUAAAUCAAAUGCAUCCGAUAUAUUAGACAAACUUUGUAAACGUCUUUUAUCAUAUCCAAUUUUACCAAUAACUCCAUGGAUUCAUCAAUUACGAGAAAUCAAAAGCGAGGCUGAAUUAAGUCUUAUGGAACAAGCAGCGUCUCGUUCUGCUGCUGCUUUAAACGCUACCAUGCAAGUAUCGCCAGAAACAGAGGGAUUAUUAUGGGCUAAAUUAUCUUAUGAACUUAAAAAAAGGGAUUGUGAUGAAGCCUAUGUUCCUGUAAUUGCAGGUGGCAAAAAUGCAUUAAUUAUUCAUUAUACAAUGAAUAACAUGCAAUUGCGUAAUGGUGAUCUUGUCCUUGUAGAUGCAGGUGGUGAAUAUGGAAAUUAUGUAACAGAUAUCACUCGAACAUGGCCAGUUAACGGAUUUUUUUCACCACAACAAAAAGAUCUUUAUCAAGCAGUGUUAAAUGUACAAAAAGCCUGUAUUCAAUUAUGUUCAGAAAGACAUGCCUUAUCUUUAGAUAUGAUACACCAACAUAGUGCUGAAUUAUUAAAAAUAGAAUUGAAACAAUUAGGUUUUAAUAUUUCACAUUCAGAUCUAUAUGAUAUAUUGUAUCCUCAUUAUAUAGGCCAUCAUAUAGGACUAGAAGUACAUGAUUGCUCUAAAUUACCUGGAAAAAGGCUUUUAAAAAACAAUCAAACAAUUACAAUAGAACCUGGCUUAUAUAUACCAGAUCUACCCAAAUUUCCAAAACAUUUUAGAGGACUUGGGGUUAGAAUUGAAGACAGUAUACAAGUAGGCAAAGAAAACCCAAUCAUACUAAGUAAAGAUGCAGUAAAAGAAAUCGUAGAUAUUGAAAAAAUUUGCAAUAAAUAUAAGGAAAAAAAUUAA